CUUCUUCCUAUUACAUAGCAAUGUGGAUGCACAAUACAUAUGGUCCAUAUUCAAAACCCAAAAUUACCCAUCGUAGCUUCAUUACAGAAUGGACACUGCCACAAUUUGUGUGAUCCUUUCCAUCGCCGCCGGGACAAUACUGUUUCUUGUCCAAAGCGGCGGAAGGCGGCGGCUGCCGCCGUGGCCGUAUCCGUUUCCGAUCAUCGGCAACAUGCUCCAACUCGGCCGGUACCCACACCGAUAUCUUGCCGACCUCUCCAAAACUUACGGCCCGAUGUUGUCCGUCAAGGUCGGCCGCGACUACUUGGUCGUGGUGUCGUCGCCGGAAUUGGCCCGGAAAUUGGUGACUCAGCACGACCAAGCCAUCUCGGCGCGUUCCGUGCCCACAUCCGCAAAAGCAUGGGACCACGACAAGUACGCCAUGGGUCUUCUCCCUGUGGGAAGUCUAUGGCGCAAACUUCGUAAAAUAACCAAAAAUCAAUUGUUCCUUGCUAUCAAGCUCGAAGGCAGCCAAGGCCUCCGACAGGAGAAGUUGCGGCAGCUGCACAAGCAUUUGCGCGACUGCUGCGCCGCAGGUCGGGCAGUCGACAUUGGAGAAGUGGUGCACACUACCGUGCUUAACCAGAUGUCGGAGACUCUGUUUUCUCGGGAUUUUGGCGACUUCGGCUCGGACUCCAUUCGACGGCUGAAAGACAUCAUUGAGGAUGUGAUCCAAUCUUAUAUUAGGCCUAAUUUUGCGGACUUAUUCCCUUUUUUGAAAGGGAUUGAUCUGCAGGGUAUCAGCCGCCGCGCCAAGCUCUCGGCCGGGAGAGCUUUCGCGAUUCUUGAGGAUGUGAUCGAAAUGAGAUUAUCGUCAAGGUCUGCUUUAGGUUAUAUUAAAAAGACGGAUAUACUCCAAGGAUUGCUUGAUCUCAUGAAUGACUCGGAAAAUGGCCUCACCAUGGCCGAGAUCAAGCAUCUUCUUCUGGAUUUGAUCAUUGCAGGAGUGGAUUCGACCGCGUCUACAGUGAAUUGGGCUACGACGGAAUUGAUGCUCAACCCCGAAAAAAGAGCAAUCUUGAAAGAUGAGUUAGCCACCGUGAUCGGGGAAAAGAAACAAGUUCUUGAGUCGGACAUGUUGCGACUUCCAUAUUUGCAAGCGGUGAUCAAGGAAGUGUUUAGGUAUCACCCGACGGGACCACUUCUAGUACCACGCAAGGCAACGGAGGACAUACAUUUUGAGGGAUUUGUGAUCCCUAAGAAUACACGAAUUGCGUUCAAUGUGUGGUGCACGGCGAGAGAUUCGACAAUUUGGUCCAAUCCGGAUUCCUUUGAGCCGGAGCGAUUUUUGGGCACGGACAUUGAUUUCAUCGGAACACAUUUCAAGCUUAUUCCAUUUGGCGCGGGAAGAAGAAUUUGUCCGGGGAUUACAUUGGCGAGUCCAAUGAUUCCCCUCCUAUUGGCAUUUUUAGUACAUAAUUUUGAUUGGAAACUCGAAGUCGGGGAAGAAGUCGACGUUGCCGAAAAGCUAUAUCUCUCGCUACGCAAGAGCGUUUCUUUUAAGAUAAUUCCAUCGUUCAAUUCAUUUCAAAAGUAAUAAAAAUAAAUGUUUUUUUUUAGGGUGUGUUUGUUUGGAGGUUUGAAUUUUGAUUAGAUUUGAAUAGUAAAAAUUUUGUGUUUAAUUUGAUAU